AUGAGGGAAACAGUGCAGGGAGAGAGGCCAGCACCGGAACCCCACACGCAUAACAGCACCACUCCGGCGACCAGCUCCCAGCCCAAUGGAGCCUUGUCCCAGGAGGCCAUUACUGCUAUUAUCGUCGUCUUCUCACUCCUGGCCGCCCUACUCCUGGCCGUGGGCCUGGGGCUCCUGGUCCGGAAGCUUCGUGAGAAGAGACAGACAGAAGGCACCUACAGGCCCAGCAGCGAAGAGCAGUUCUCAAAUGCAGCCGAGACCCAGCCUCCCCAGGAACGCAAGGACACCGUACGGGGGUGCCUUCCCAUCUAGUCGCUCCCCGCGCCCCAAUUCUACUUCCCUCUCCGCCCACCCCGCCUUUAUUUCUUUAGUUUUUCCUUUUUCCCCAUCUGUCUUCACUGCUGUGUGACCUAGGGGGGACACCAAGCCCUCUCUGGGCCCUAGCCAGUGCUUAACAACAGAAGAAAUGCC